CGCUGCAAGUGGCACCGAGCAAACAGCGGCUUUUGUGCGCAUGAUGCACCGUGGUCGACGCACCUGUGCGCACAAUAAACCGAGCCCAGUGCCGCCUGGUCCCCCGCAGCUCCGCACCGGCAUCGUCAGCAGCGGACACACUGGAUCGUGGAUUUUAAAAACUACGGCUGUGUGGAGUUUACAGUUGGAUUUUAGCAGUUGGAUAGGCUACUGUUGGUGGUGUGUGUAACUAAGGGAUGGAAAUGAGAGAGGCCGGUGCAUCCCUUGUCAGCUCCAUUUCCCAGUGGACAACAUGAAGAAGGAACUUCCACUCGCCUUAAUAGACGGAGAGGUCCAUUACAUCAGACCUUGCACCAUGAGUUUUGACACUAUCUGUUUUGAAGAGUAAAAAAGCAAAAUCAACAUCACCACCUCCUGUUGCUUCUUUCAUUUACCCUGCGGAGGAAAAGAACCACCACUCUGCAGACAUUGGACAAUUUACUGAUGUGAUUGACCUUAAGACUGUUAACCACAACGACUGUUCUCUUGUUACUGCCCUUUUCCCUUAAAUAUAUAUAUAUAUAUAUCUAUAUAUACAUAUAGAUAUAUAUAUCUGCACAUAUUGUUGAUAAAACUGUGGAUCCCUGAAAUUCAGUCUAACCACCAUAAGAUUUCAGUCUGAGUGAGUUCCCUUGUUUUUGGAUUAAUAACUUCUUUGCAGCUAUGGAUCUUGUCAGUUUUUCUAUCAGGCUGCAAGUGUUCCUCAGCACAUGUAUGGGACUGGAAUUUUUAGGCACACCAGGUCAGUGGGCACGCUACCUCCGCUGGGACGCCAGCACCCGCGGUGACCUCAGUUUCCAGUUCAAGACGGAGGCCUCAGAGGCUCUGAUGCUUUAUUUUGAUGAUGGAGGUUACUGUGACUUUAUGCAGCUGUCGGUGGUGGAGGGCCGACUGCACCUGCAUUUCAGCAUUGACUGUGCUGAGACCACAGUGGUGUCUGACAGACGGGUGGAUGACGGCAGCUGGCACUUUGCCACUCUGAGCAGGUAUAACCUGCGCACAAUGCUGGUGCUGGAUGGCCAGGCCACAGCUGACGAGGUGCGGCCUCAGCGUCAGUUCAUGAAAAUAGUCAGUGACCUGUUCCUGGGUGGAGUGCCUCAGGAUAUCCGCAGUGGUGUGCUCACACUGCCGACAGUGCGAAACAUGCAGCCCUUCAGGGGCACAAUUACAGACCUCAAAUACGGCAUCUCACAACCCCUGUUUCUGGGAAGCCUUAAGGUGCCCCUGGAAUCAGAAGGGUGGUGCACUGUGAACCCAUGUGAGAAUGGUGGUACAUGCUCAGUGGUGGAUGGACAGCCGAUCUGUGACUGCUCCAAAACGGAGUACAAGGGCCGCUUCUGCAGUGAAGAAGUCACCAAUAAUAUGCCAGGCCUUGCACAUAUGAUGGCAGAACAAGCUAAAAGCAAAGCAAGGGAAGAGAAUGUCGCCACUUUCCGUGGCUCAGAGUACUUCUGCUACGAUCUCUCCCAGAACCCCAUCCAGAGCAGUAGUGAUGAGAUCACGCUCUCCUUCAAGACAUGGCAGCGCAAUGGCCUUAUCCUUCACACUGGCAAGUCAGCUGACUAUGUCAACCUCGCCCUGAAGGACGGCGCUGUCUCCCUUGUUAUCAACCUUGGCUCUGGAGCCUUUGAGGCAAUCGUGGAGCCAGUCAAUGGGAAAUUCAAUGACAAUUCUUGGCAUGAAGUCAAAGUGACCCGCAACCUUCGACAGGUGACAAUAUCAGUGGAUGGAAUUCUGACCACCACGGGUUACACCCAGGAAGACUACACCAUGUUGGGCUCUGAUGACUUCUUCUAUGUGGGUGGAAGCCCCAGCACUGCUGACCUGCCUGGAUCUCCAGUCAGCAACAACUUCAUGGGCUGUCUGAAGGAGGUGGUAUAUAAGAACAAUGACAUCCGACUUGAGUUGUCCCGUCUGGCUCGGAUUGUGGACCCUAAGAUGAAAAUCCAGGGUGAGGUGUCCUACAAGUGUGAGAACGUGGCCACGUUGGACCCCAUUUCUUUCGAGACUCCUGAGGCCUACAUCAGUCUCCCCAAGUGGAACACCAAGCGGAUGGGAUCCAUCUCUUUUGAUUUCCGUACAACUGAGCCCAACGGCCUCAUCCUCUUCACUCAUGGCAAACCCCAGGAGCGCAAAGAUGCUGCCCGCAGCCAGAAGAACACCAAGGUGGAUUUCUUUGCUGUAGAACUACUGGAUGGCAGCCUGUACCUGCUGUUGGACAUGGGCUCAGGGACUAUAAAGGUGAAGGCCACUCAGACAAAGGUCAAUGAUGGUGCCUGGUAUCACGUGGACAUCCAGAGAGAUGGACGCUCAGGCACCAUCUCUGUAAACAGCAGAAGGACGCCAUUCACAGCCAGUGGUGAGAGUGAGAUUCUGGACUUGGAGGGUGACAUGUAUUUGGGGGGGCUUCCUGUUGACCGCACCAACCUCAUCCUGCCCACUGAGCUGUGGACAGCGAUGCUCAACUACGGCUACGUGGGCUGUAUUCGUGACCUUUUCAUUGAUGGUCGAAGCAAAGACAUCCGUCAGAUCGCUGAGGCCCAAAAUGGUGCUGGAAUCAAACCCUCAUGCAACAAGCAAACGGGCAAGCAGUGUGAGAGCUACCCAUGCAAGAACCGGGGUGUCUGCAAAGAAGGCUGGAACAGAUUCAUCUGUGACUGCACUGGGACUGGCUACUGGUCACGCACCUGCGAGAGAGAGGCAUCCAUCCUCUCCUACGACGGCAGCAUGUAUAUGAAAGUGGUGAUGCCGACCAUCAUGCACACUGAGGCAGAGGACGUUUCCCUUCGUUUUCGUUCCCAACGGGCCUAUGGCCUCCUCAUGGCCACCACCUCCCGAGACUCAGCCGACACGCUCAGGCUGGAGUUGGAUGGGGGUCGUGUCAAACUCACAGUCAACCUAGACUGUAUCAGGAUAAACUGUAACUCCAGCAAGGGACCGGAGACCCUGUAUGCCGGGCAAAAGCUCAAUGAUAAUGAAUGGCAUACAGUGCGUGUGGUGCGUCGUGGCAAAACCUACAAGCUAACGGUUGACGAUGAUGUAGCAGAAGGCCAAAUGGUGGGUGACCACACUCGUCUGGAGUUCCACAACAUUGAAACAGGCAUCAUGACAGAGCGCCGAUUUGUUUCCAGCAUCCCGUCCAGCUUCAUUGGUCAUUUGCAGAGCCUGAGAUUUAAUGGCAUGCUCUACAUCGACCUGUGCAAGAACGGUGACAUCGAUUACUGCGAGCUUAAUGCUCGCUUUGGGAUUCGUUCCAUUAUUGCUGACCCUGUCACCUUCAAAUCCAAGAGCAGCUAUCUGAGCCUCGCCACCCUGCAGGCCUACACAUCCAUGCACCUCUUCUUCCAGUUCAAGACCACCUCCCCAGAUGGCUUCAUACUCUUCAACUCUGGAGACGGCAAUGAUUUCAUCGCUGUAGAACUGGUGAAAGGAUAUAUCCACUAUGUGUUUGACCUUGGAAAUGGACCGAACCUCAUCAAAGGCAAGAGUGAAAGAGCCCUGAAUGACAACCAGUGGCACAAUGUGGCCAUCACUCGAGACAACAGUAACACCCACACACUGAAAGUAGAUGCCAUAGCAACCAGUCAGAGUAUCAAUGGGGCCAAGAACCUGGACCUGAAAGGUGAUCUGUUCAUUGCAGGACUGGGUCCAGGCAUGUAUGGCAACCUGCCUAAACUCGUGGCUUCCAGAGAGGGCUUCCAGGGCUGUUUAGCAUCAGUGGACCUCAACGGUCGCCUGCCAGACCUCCUCAAUGACGCCUUGUUUCGCAGUGGGCAGAUUGAACGUGGAUGUGAAGGUCCCAGCACCACCUGUCAGGAGGAUUCCUGUGCCAACAUGGGUAUUUGUAUCCAGCAGUGGGAGAACUACACCUGUGACUGCUCCAUGACCUCCUACACAGGCACACAGUGCAAUGACCCUGGAACAACGUACAUCUUUGGCAAAGGAGGAGGCCUCAUUACAUUCAAGUGGCCAGCCAAUGAGAGGCCAAGCACCAGGACAGACAGGUUGACCGUCGGCUUCAGUACGUCCCUCAAAGAUGGCAUUCUGGUCAGGAUCGACAGUGCUCCAGGUCUUGGGGACUAUCUCAUGCUGCACAUACAACAAGGAAAGAUUGGAGUGACUUUCAACAUUGGAACAGUGGAUAUCAGUGUGCAGGAAAGCAGUACACCAGUGAAUGAUGGGAAGUAUCAUGUUGUCCGUUUCACCAGGAAUGGUGGCAAUGCUACGCUGCAGGUGGAUAACUGGUCGAUCAAUGAACACUUUCCAACAGGGAACAGCGACAUUGAACGCUAUCAAAUGGCCAAUAAGAAAAUUCCUUUCAAAUACGCCAGACCAGUAGAAGAGUGGCUACAAGAGAAAGGACGGCAGCUGACAAUUUUCAACACUCAAGCAACAGUGGCAAUUGGCGGUAGUGAUCGUGGGCGGCCCUUUCAGGGUCAGCUGUCUGGCCUUUACUAUAAUGGCCUGAAGGUGUUGAACAUGGCUGCUGAUGGCAACCCUAACAUCAAGAUUAACGGCAGUGUGAGGUUGGUAGGUGACGUGCCCAGUGUGGCAGGCUCAGCCAGGACCACAGCCAUGUCUCCAGAGAUGUCCACAACCUUCAUUGAGACUACAACCAUGAUGUCCACCACUACCACGCGGAAACACAGAUCCUCUUCAACGGUACAGCAUACGGCAGAUGACAUUGUGUCAUCCGCAGAGUGUUCGAGUGAUGACGAAGACCUGGAGGAGUGUGAAACUAGCCAUGCAGGUGGGCUAGCACUCCCCACAGAGCCGGGCGUCAGGCGAGUUCCAGGGCCCUCGGAAGUGGUCCGUGAAUCUAGCAGCACCACCGGGAUGGUCAUCGGAAUAGUGGCGGCCGCUGCCCUGUGCAUCCUCAUCCUUCUGUAUGCCAUGUAUAAGUACAGGAACAGGGAUGAAGGCUCCUACCAGGUGGACGAGAGCAGGAACUACAUAACCAACUCAGCUGUGCAGAGCAAUGGCGCUGUGAUGAAGGAGAAACAGCAGAGCUUGAAAGGCAGCAACAAGAAACAGAAAAACAAGGAUAAGGAGUAUUAUGUGUGACUGUGAGACUUUUGUCAACACAAGAGAAAAGAGAGAAAGCACUAAUCACUUAUGAGUUUCCUCGUGAGGAGCUAUGACAAAUGAUGGUAUAACAUGGAACUUGAAUAAUCUUAUACUGUGCUGAGUAGUUGAACUGAUGAUAUGUACUGUAAUAUAAAGCACACUUACUAUUGUAAGCAUAAUGGCAAGGCUAAAUAGCAACUUUAGAGAUCUUACUCUUCUAUCUGGUGAGAGACAUUAUCAGUAUAGAAUUAUUUCACAGCUACACCAUUUUCCUAAGUGACUUUUAGAGCGAAGUGAUCCUUGGCAUUAACAAAACACUUUUGUUAGAAUUGUUAAUUACAAAAGGUCCAUAAUCUUCUACAUUUUCAGCAUGUAAACAACAUGUAGUGCUUAAUGAGGGGUCAAGCACAUGAACACCAUCAAAGUAAAAAAGGAUGCUGUAUCAGAAUAUGACAAAUUUUAUGGUUUAUACAUUAUACAAGUGUGGUGUCUUAUUUUUGCUUUAAGCAAAAGAAAAAAAAAAAAGAAGAACAUCAAGAAAAAAAAAAAACUUUUCUGUGUAUAAAAUGAAUCCAAGGAAGCAAAUUGUGCGGUGGGCAGAAAUCAUAGACUCUGUUCACUCUGGCAUCUGAUUUAUCACAGUGAUUCUCAUUAUCUGAUACUAUGUGGAAAGAAGUGGCCCGAUCUCUAGGUCAGAAGGACAGAAGCAGACUGUAAGAUUCAUGCCAUUCUAAUUCUACAGUGAAAUACGAAGGGUAAAAGUCCAGUAUACAGUCUUGUCUAAAUGCCAAAACAGCUCUUCAUCACCAGAUCAGACGUUAGCCCUGCUCUUCACUUUGAACCCUUCAAAAUGUUAACCAUGGAAAAUGAUCUCUUAAAGAAACGGUGCACAGCCAGUGGUGGUUUUAUCUUUUUGCUAAAUCGUAUGUUGGUUCAUUGCAUAUCGUACUCUUUUUCUAUGGUGUCAGGAGGAAGACAAAUGCAGUACUACAACACUGUUAACAAAUGUGUAUACAAAAUAAAUCAAAUGUUGAAAGUGUGAAUUCUAUCUGCUGUCACAAUCAGCUGUGUCAAAAAACAAGAAAUUUGUUUACAUAUUUUAUUACACACUAGCUGUUGUACUUUGUAGGUAGGAAAUUGUACAUAUCCAUGACAGUUGUAAUUUUUUAGUACCUCUAUUGUACAGACUGAACAUAUGGUUUAUCAGCGUAUUUGACAUGAUGAAAUCUGUUAACUGUUAAUUUACAUUGAGAAGGACUUUAAUCAGAAUGUGGAGAAUCAUAUUGAUAUUCAUAAAGAAUAAACAUGUAUUGUUAGCCUAGAGAUCUAACCAGAGAUGUUUCUAAAGUUGCAUGAAUAUUUAACUACUUGCAGUUGUCCAACAAAUACAAGGUGCCCAUCCUUCUGUAUCAUGGCUUUCUUGUUCUGGGUUACACUAGUGUUAUUUCUUUUUGAAAGAAAAUAAAUUCAGACUUGUGACAAGAAAGACAAACAGGCUUAUGGGUGGGGCUUUAAGGUCACAGAAACACAAGCUAAAAUGGUGUUUUUGACUGGUCACCUCAAAUCAUAGUCUUGUUACUUCUUUAUCAUUAGUUAACAUCUUGUUUUGACAUUACUUUACUGUCCCAUUAUGUUGCCAUUUUCUGCCAUUGUCAUUUAAUGAUGUGGAGGUGCAGUCUUUCUCUUGACUGGAAUUCACAUUUUUGUGUUACAAUUGUUACUUUUCGCAACCUUUUUUCAUCAGUUUGAUAACAAAUAAAAUAUUCUUUUUUUCUCUGAAAUUA